CUUACUUUUUGAAGUUUCGAAAGAAAGAAAAAAUUCAGGAUUUCAAGAUAUAAUUAUUAUAUAUUAUAUGAAGGAAAAACCCUACUGAUAUAUCUGAACCUUAAAUUAUAUAAUAUACAAAUUAUCACUUCAUCCAAUCAGAAAUAUUAUCACCAGAAUGUCGGUGUUAUUUACAAAAUCUCUGAGCUUAUUUACCAGAAGUACAGUGAAAACUGGCCAGGACAUCAUUUCGGGUAAAUUAAAAUUAGAGUUAUCAAGAAGAACAUUUGCAUCAAAGGUUUUUGAGAAAGGAAAGAGUAUUUUUAAAUUGGGAUUAGCUGGAGUAGUUGUGGGUGGUGUUAUGGGAACAGGUUAUACGAUUUAUCUCCGAAAUGAGCCCAGAUCCCAUAUUAUGAAUGAACAAACUGGUAUACCAUUAAUUGAGAAAAUUCCCGAUAUUAAACCUUCUAGAGAAAUCCGCUUUCCCAAUGACUCAAGCAACUUGAAACUAACUUUGUUUCAAUAUCAGACAUGCCCUUUUUGUUGUAAAGUGAGAGCUUUCUUGGAUUACCAUGGCAUCUCUUAUGAUGUUGUUGAAGUUGAUCCAGUAUUGAGGCAGUCUAUAAAGUGGUCUCCUUAUAAAAAAGUUCCCAUUCUUGUUGUUAAAACUCCUACAGGACAAUAUCAACCAUUAAAUGAUAGUUCGAUGAUAAUAUCUGCUCUAUCAACAUAUAUCAAAGAUGCAGAGAAAGAAAUAGUAGAUAUAGUUAAUUGUUAUCCCUUUAUAGAAUAUGUCGAUGAAAGUGGUAGUCGUAAAAAUGACAUAAUGAAUAAAUAUUUCCUCAUGUUGAGCGAACAACAUAUAACAGAUACAAGCAUGGAAGAGCUUAAUGAGGAAAGAAAAUGGAGAAAGUGGGUUGAUGAUGUCCUAGUUCACACAUUAUCCCCUAACGUUUAUAGAACAAAGGAAGAAGCUUUCCAAGCUUUUAAUUGGUUCUCAGAAGUUGGGGAGUGGGAAAAGAAUUUUCCAGAGUGGGAACGGCAGCUGAUUAUCUACGUGGGUGCUUAUGCUAUGCUAAUGAUCGGUAAAAAACUUAAAAAGAAGUAUCAGUUGAAAGACGAUGUUAGGACAUCCCUAUAUGAUGAAUGCAACUUCUGGGUCCGAAUUAUUCAGAAAAAAGGAGGGAAGUUUAUGGGUGGUGCUAAACCAAACUUAGCAGAUUUAGCUGUAUUUGGAGUUUUGAACAGCAUAGAAGGAUGUUUAGCUUUUGAGGAUUUGUUGAAGAAUAGUAAAAUAAAAGUAUGGUUUGAACUGAUGAAGACUGAAGUGGAUAAAAACAAAAUGAUUGCAGCUGUCUGAUGAAUUGUUUUUGAAUUGCCAACAGUAUUGUUUUGAAUGAUUGAUUUUAACUCAUCAUUUCAUCAAAAAUUGAUUCGAACCUCACAAACUACUUCAGCAGUUUUUGUAUUGAAAGAAAUGAUUUGAAUAUGUACAUAAUUUGGUUCAUCAUGGGAAGUGAUUGCUACAAAUAUGUAUUUCAAGUAAUCAUGUAAUGGGGUGAUACUUCACAAUAGUUGUACAUAUAUAUUGUUCCACCAAUUCAGCUCUAUCAAAAUAAAUCGAAUUUGGAAAUC